UCAAAAAUGAAGGGAAAUUUUAGCCUUAUUGCAACGACAAAUGUGAUUUUUUAAAAAAUGAAAAUUGGCUUAAAGUAUUAAUAUAAAAAGUAGGUAGCUGUGUCUAAUGAUUUUUUUUCUCCGAGUAAUCUGAACCAUCUGCCUCUGGAUACUAAGGAGUUCACUGCCUUAAUCCAGAUUAUGGCUGACAACCUGUUUUUGGCAUAGCGGUUUCACUAGUGCUGUACCCUUCAAGAUCUGCCUGGGCUAUAGAAAUUCCAUUUGCUGCCUAGAUUAUUCUUUUAUUUAGAGGUUUGUUUUGCUGACGUUCACUUGUUUUCCCCCAAAUCUUUGAGGGUUUGAGACACAGAAGAAAAUGGCCUUCAUAGUGAAAAGUAUGUUAAGCAACCAGGUGAAGAAUUUGGGACUUGGUGGUGGGAAUGAAGAAAAAAAGGAAGAAGCAGCCCCUACGGACCCUGCUACAGCCGCUGGGAUGACACGAGAAGAAUAUGAGGAAUACCAAAAGCAGCUAAUAGAGGAGAAAAUGGAGAGAGAUGCUGCGUUUACCCAAAAAAAGGCCGGGAGAGCUGUUGUGAGGGUUCACUUGAGAGAAAAGUACCGGCUACCCAAGAGCGAACUGGAUGAGACUCAAAUCCAGUUGGCCGGCGAUGACGUUGACUUGCCAGAAGACCUUCAGAAAAUGGUGGAUGAAGAUCAAGUAGAAGAAGAAGACAAGGAUUCUAUCCUGGGGCAGCUCCAGAACCUUCAGAACAUGGACUUAGACACCCUCAAAGAAAAGGCCCAAACGACUUUUACGGAAAUGAAGCAAGCGGCUGAGGAGAAAUGUUCUGUGAUGUAACAGAGACUUCUCUCAAAUCUGUGUACAAAUGGCCCCCUAGGCGUGGGGGCUACUCACUUGCUACCCCUCUAUGAGGAUUUUUCCCUCAAAUAAUUUUUUUAAAGAAGUGUAUUUAUUGCACAAUG